AUGAUGAUUGCUCCUGUUCUCCUCGCCGCCUUGGCCGGCACUGCCGUUGCCAUCCCCACUCCCCAGGUUGAAGGUGAUGGCAUCACAUAUAGCAACUGGACGGUUCGUGCUGAUUGGUCCCGCUGCCCCGAUGCCAGCCUCUUCGACAUCACAUUGCAAGGGCGGAUCGCCGUCACCGGCACAACCAGUGGCACCGGCAUCGUAGAUUUCAAGCUCCCCGUCGCCCCCUUUGAGGCCUCUCUGGUUCUGAAGCCCGCCGGCAGCAUCGGCUUUGGCUCUCCCCGCCCACCCAAGAUGGUCGACAUCGCGCUGCUUGAAACUGCUGACGCUGACGGGAACUGGGGCACGGCCACCUUCCAGCCUGAGAAGGUGGGAGCCACAAGUGUCGACGCGGCGAUUGCCCAGGUCGCUUGGUUUACCACUCCGGACCAGGCUUUCAUGCCCGCUUCUGAGCUCGACUACUCGACAUUACAGAAAAACCAGACAGCGACGAUCGGUACCACGGUCGAUCCAAGCUUCUUGAGGGUCUACUACUGCUACCACCCCGAGUUCUGA